UUCCAAGUUAAAUAGCGAGUGAACGCAGGCGCCAAGAUCCUGGAUCGUUCGGAGCCCUGAACGCGUCUGACCCCCCUCGUCCAAUCACGUGACUCCACAUGCGGCGCAGGAAGCGUCACUUUGAUAAAGCAGAGAGCAGCGCGGAACCGAACCACAGAGCUGCCCAGCCUCGCUCACGCGCCGGAGCUCCGGGGAACACUCGGCCUGAAUGCGGUCCUUCACUCUCGGGACACACUACCGCAGACUCUCCCCCCUCCAUCGUUGGACAUAAGCGACGGUUCCGAGUCACCUUCCUCGGGCUGCAGCAGACAGAAUUCCACCACUGAAGAAGCCCCUUUCUCCAACUGGACCGCGUUAGCUGCCAACUGUGUGAAUGUUCUGAGGGGGUCCUUCAACUGAACUAGAGUCGAGCGAGAAUCCGCAGGCGCCGCCAUGGAGAACGCUCACACCAAGAGUGUGGAAGAAGUUUACAGUUAUUUCUGCGUCAACGAGAGCACCGGACUUUCCCUGGACGAGGUGAAGCGGCAGCGGGAGAAGUGGGGCCUAAACGAGUUACCAGCCGAGGAAGGAAAGUCUUUAUGGGAGCUAGUCCUGGAACAGUUUGAAGACUUGCUUGUACGAAUUCUUCUGCUGGCUGCUUGCAUUUCCUUUGUUCUGGCAUGGUUUGAGGAGGGGGAGGAAACCAUCACAGCGUUCGUGGAGCCUUUUGUAAUUUUACUUAUUCUCAUAGCUAAUGCAAUUGUUGGCGUGUGGCAGGAACGGAAUGCAGAGGAUGCCAUUGAAGCACUGAAGGAGUACGAGCCUGAGAUGGGCAAAGUGUACCGGCAGGACAGAAAGACCGUCCAGAGAAUCAAGGCCCGGGAUAUUGUUCCCGGUGACAUUGUGGAAGUUGCUGUCGGAGACAAAGUGCCAGCUGACAUUCGCAUCUGUUCAAUCAAAUCAACAACCCUGAGAGUGGAUCAGUCCAUCCUGACUGGUGAAUCCGUGUCCGUCAUCAAACACACCGACCCGGUACCAGACCCUCGCGCUGUUAAUCAGGAUAAGAAAAACAUGCUCUUCUCGGGAACCAACAUCGCUGCCGGGAAAGCCGUGGGUGUGGUCGUGGCCACAGGCGUCAACACAGAGAUUGGCAAGAUCCGAGAUGAAAUGGCAGCUACCGAACAGGAGAAGACGCCGCUGCAGCAGAAGCUAGACGAGUUUGGCGAGCAGCUUUCAAAGGUCAUCUCCCUCAUCUGCAUCGCUGUGUGGAUCAUCAACAUCGGGCAUUUUAAUGACCCGGUCCACGGGGGCUCCUGGAUCCGUGGGGCGGUCUACUACUUCAAGAUCGCCGUGGCGCUGGCUGUUGCCGCCAUCCCCGAGGGCCUGCCUGCGGUCAUCACCACAUGUCUGGCUCUGGGGACGCGGCGCAUGGCAAAGAAGAACGCCAUCGUCCGCAGCCUGCCGUCAGUGGAGACUCUGGGCUGUACCUCUGUCAUCUGUUCAGACAAGACUGGAACCCUGACCACCAACCAGAUGUCAGUGUGCCGAAUGUUCGUCCUGAACAAAGCAGAAGGUGACAGCUGUUCUCUGUCAGAGUUCACCAUCACUGGCUCCACAUACGCUCCUGAGGGUGAAGUGUACCAGGAUGGGAAACUGGUCAAAAGUUCCCAGUACGAUGCCCUGGUUGAACUGGCAACCAUCUGUGCUCUGUGUAACGACUCAUCACUGGACUUCAAUGAGGUGAAAGGUGUGUAUGAGAAAGUGGGCGAGGCCACUGAGACCGCCCUGACCUGUCUGGUGGAGAAGAUGAACGUGUUUGACACCGAUGUCCAGAACCUCUCCAAGAUUGACAGAGCCAACGCCUGCAACUCUGUGAUCAAACAGCUGAUGAAGAAGGAGUGUACUCUGGAGUUCUCCAGAGACAGAAAGUCCAUGUCCGUCUACUGCACCCCCAACAAGUCACGUUCCUCCAUGGGCAAGAUGUUUGUCAAGGGAGCUCCAGAGGGCGUCAUUGACAGAUGCACCCAUGUCAGAGUGGGCAACAGCAAAGUCCCACUCAGUAACGGCAUCAAGGAAAAGAUCAUGUCUGUGAUCCGGGAGUACGGCACCGGCCGAGACACCCUGAGAUGUCUGGCACUUGCCACGAGAGACAGCCCGCCGAGAAUGGACGACAUGAUUCUGUCGGACACGGCAAAGUUCUCAGACUAUGAGUCCGACCUGACCUUCGUGGGCUGUGUCGGCAUGCUGGACCCUCCCAGGCAGGAGGUGGCUGCUUCCAUCAAGCUGUGCCGGCAGGCUGGCAUCCGCGUCAUCAUGAUCACCGGGGACAACAAGGGCACCGCCGUGGCCAUCUGCCGUCGCAUCGGCAUCCUGAGCGAGGAGGACGACGUGGAGCGCAUGGCCUUCACUGGGCGGGAGUUCGACGAGCUGACGCCCAGCGCCCAGCUGGAGGCCGUCACUCACGCCCGCUGCUUCGCCCGCGUUGAGCCGUCGCACAAGUCAAAGAUAGUCGAGUUCCUGCAGGGAUUUGAUGAGAUCACUGCAAUGACCGGUGACGGCGUCAACGACGCUCCCGCCCUGAAAAAAGCAGAGAUCGGCAUCGCCAUGGGCUCUGGCACUGCCGUUGCCAAGUCUGCCUCUGAGAUGGUCCUGGCCGACGACAACUUCUCCUCCAUCGUGGCUGCCGUCGAGGAAGGACGAGCCAUUUACAACAACAUGAAGCAGUUCAUCCGAUACCUCAUCUCCUCCAACGUGGGCGAGGUUGUGUGCAUCUUCCUGACCGCAGCUCUGGGCUUCCCUGAAGCUCUCAUCCCGGUUCAGCUGCUGUGGGUCAACCUGGUCACAGACGGGCUCCCCGCCACGGCCCUCGGCUUCAACCCUCCCGACCUGGACAUCAUGGAGAAGCCCCCCCGAAACGCCAAGGAGCCCCUGAUCUCCGGCUGGCUCUUCUUCAGAUACUUGGCCAUCGGAUGCUACGUGGGAGCUGCCACUGUCGGAGCCGCCGCCUGGUGGUUCACUGUCUCCGAGGACGGACCCCAGCUCACCCUCUACCAGCUGAGCCACUUCCUCCAGUGUGCCCCGGACAAUCCGGAGUUCGAGGACCUGGACUGCCAGGUGUUUGAGUCCCCCUACCCCAUGACCAUGGCUCUGUCCGUGCUGGUCACCAUCGAGAUGUGCAACGCUCUUAACAGUCUGUCGGAGAACCAGUCGCUGCUGCGGAUGCCCCCGUGGGAGAACGUCUGGCUGCUGGGGGCCAUCUGCCUCUCCAUGUCGCUUCACUUCCUCAUCCUCUACGUGGAGCCGCUGCCUGUCAUCUUCCAGAUCACCCCUCUGGACACGACCCAGUGGCUGAUGGUGCUGAAGAUCUCUCUGCCCGUCAUCCUGCUGGACGAGGUGCUAAAGUUCGUGGCUCGGAACUACUUGGACUUGGGUAAACAGCUGGAGAAACCCACCCGCGGGGGGCGCUCUCUGUCCGCUUGUGCAGAGGGAAUCUCCUGGCCCUUCGUUGCCGUGUCCCUGCCCCUGGUGCUGUGGAUCUACGGCGCCGACUCUAACGUGUCUGCCGUGCUGUGGCCCUGACUCACCCCCCACAUCCCUGUGCACCGGUGUGACGUGGACCUUAACACACUCGUCCAGAUCCGUUCACCGUUAUUUAUACUUUCACACAUUUUUGAUUCUAUUUGACAAGUCUGUAGUUUAACCACCGGGCUUCGGACCUCCUUCCUGAUGGGUCGCAGUUGUAUAUAGAAUUGAAGGUUUUAUAAUGAUAACAUUUUUGUAAAUUUGUGGGCGGGGGGAGGGCUGCGGGUACAAGAACGACUCAUUCUGUAGUGAAACACUAAUGUUUUGGUCCAAGACUUGAAUGUAUUUGCUCUGGCAUGUUUCUCUAUUUUGUUUUUCCGCUCCACACGUCUUUGAUUUUGUUUUUCUGCAUUAGGCAGACACAGCUACCUCAGCGCUGUCCAGAGUACCGCCGCCCACGUUUCCUCGACCACUGUUGAGUGCUUAACCAGUUUGUGUUGCAGUUCACUUUUUUAUCUGCAGGGGGCGUUGUUACCUAUUUGAUUGUGAAACAUUUUAAGGGUUCUUUUUAAACACUUUGCUUUGUUCAUUUUACAUCCGAUGACCAGGAUUUGUAUAAAUGUGCAGAUACUGUACCUGAAUUUGUACAAAGAGAGUCUGUAUUUGUGUGUGUAUAUUUAUAUAUACAGUAUAUAUAUCGCACUACGAUCUGCGCUCGGUAGAUUCCUGUUGCUCGCCCUCCCUCUGUGUCGCUCUGUAGUUACUGCCGUCCUCUCUGCAUGGCCGCUCUAACAACAGUGCUUCUUUUAGUUACAACCCGCGUGGAUCUAACUGGCUCGGUCCUGUGUGUGUGUGUGUGUGUCAGCUCAAUAAAAUAUCUUAAAAGUCACUGGACUACAAACAAACCGGUGAUCACCAGUGUGGACGAAACUGGUACUGGUUUUGAGCUUGUUCCAAGGGACUGUGGAUUCUCUUCUUUGCAUGUCUGCGCCUUCAGCCUUUGACUCCUGUCCAUUCCUCUUCUCUCUCUCUCUCUCCACAGUGAAGGCCCUGUGAGCCGAAUACUCCCGAGUACUGAAACUUUGGUUUGGUUUUGUUGUGAUUGUGUGUUUGGGGCAGAACUUCUUACGAGAGCAGCGCGUCUGGAGAAGGAGCUCACCAACGUGAUUCUUUAGUCAAAUAAAACGGCCAGAAACUCAAGUCUGACAGCACAGCCUCGCUCUUCCGUCCAUCUGAACGGACCGGACCGUGUGCAGCUCUGCAGAGUCCAUCAGAUCGCAAACGUUGACAUAAGCUGAGAAACAUUUUCAUGGGACGUUUAAGAACCGAACUCCUGCGUUGCACUGACAUGAUACAUGUUUGGCUGACUUUCCUCAGAGGGAACCUGGUGGUGCAAUAAGACCCGUUACCAUGACAACAACAGACUCUCUCUCUCUCCUUUGGCUCAUGUGCCGAACUGCUGUACUGUAUUUUCAGACGACAUUGUUCCAUGUGUCACAUGACCUUAUGAUUUCAGGUAAAUAAAACUGUCAAACGUGAAGUGUUUGUUUUUUAUUA